AUGUCGUCCACUUCAUUAAGGUGCGAUCACCGCCACGACCGCCAGCACUCGGGGGAGAUUGAAUUGGACCAACUGGGGGACGAUACGAACAUCGUUCCGCCUCCUCUGACUCAUCGAGAGACAACUUGGUCGAGCACCGGUCAGACAAGGGUCAAUACCUGGGGUUCAGCUGAUAAUACAGAAUCAUCAAAAGGGAAGGAGGCGAUUAAAUUUACCGAUUUCGAUGAUGUCGAACUGACCGAAUUGGAAGAUAUGGUUCCCCCACUACCAACACAUUGCGAUACCGCUUCAUCAGCUGAACACAACAAUAAGCGAAGACCCUGUGGCCAAAAUGCUUCGCGAACAUCUCGGAAGACGCUCGACCAAAUCGCUCCUGUGAUACACCCCAGAUCAAAUGAGCCAAUCGAAACGCUCAUUUUCGAUUGGCAAUGGGGGCAAGGUCAAUCGUACAGCAAGAAAGACCCACAAACAAGCCUUGACGAGCCUGUGAUACGUCGUGAUACCUAUUUGAGUGUCUUACCACAAUGGCGCGCCAUUGCAGAUAAGUAUAAACAGAAGGCGGAUGACAUCAAUAACUCUAAAUAUAAGCAUGGUAGUGAUACCGCUGAGUUCCACUAUUCCAUUAUGGAAGAACACAAAGCGAGGGAAAAUUACUGGGAAGCUUCUGUAGCUUGGGAUACCUGCAUGUCAGAACUAUACGGAAGAUCCAUGGAUGCUGCUGUUCGGAGUACAGCUAAGAUGUUCACUGCAAUCAAGAAAGAACAGAAAAAGAGAUAUGGACAGUCUACAGAGCUUGCCGAUGAGGUAUUGGCGAAGACUUGGAAAGAAGCAAUGUAUAAUCAUUUUGACGAGACGUUAAGUGACUUCUUACAGACUUGGAAUCACCAGAAGCCAGUCAAGAAGAAAGAAUUGAAAAAGGCUGAUGAGCAAAUGCGUAAACUUCGUGAGCUCCAUCAUGCCCUGAACUACGGGACGAUCUCGAUGAGCGGCGAUCGGGAUCAUAUCACUUGUACGUGGAUAUCUAGGACAAUCGAGGAACGGGGACUACCUGGACCUGGUAUUUUGGUUGGGAGAGAACCCAAAGAUAAGUCUAGGAUUGUAGCGGAGACGGGAUGGACAUGGAAGGAUGGCCAGGUGACCUUCCUCGGUGCAGACUAG